AUGGCAUCUCAAUCCCAAGACAGUGGGCAAAAUGCCCUUCCACCUGUCGAUAUCAAACCUCUUCUCACCAAGCUCUGGCCUGCCGAAUCCGCCGUCUCUCCUCAGGAGAUUGCCGAGGCCAUCUCUCACUUCUUCACAAACCAGGUCACUGAGGCUCAAACGGCCUCUCUUCUUAUGUCCCUGCAUUUCACAAAGCUUGAUUUCAGAGCAGAUGUCCUCGCCGAGUGUGCCCGUGUCAUGCGGGAAGCAGCUGCACCCAUUCCCGUAGAGGAGCUCAGAGAAGUCAUUGAGCGAAGAGGGCGUAAAGAGGGUGCUUACAGAGGUGGACUAUGUGACAUUGUUGGUACGGGAGGUGACGGUCAUGAUACCUUCAACAUCAGUACCACCUCAUCUAUUCUGGCAUCAGCUCUUCUAAUGGUCUCCAAGCAUGGCAACAAGGCUAGCACCUCAAAGUCUGGCAGCGCCGACUUGGUCGCCUGCAUGAAGCCUCAGCCUCCCAUCAUCAGCGCUGUCCGCCCAGACACCUUGGUCAAGGCAUACUCGGAGACCAACUACACCUUCCUGUUCGCCCCUGUGUUCCACACCGGCAUGCGCUACGUUGCACCUAUCCGCAAGCAGCUACCUUGGAGGACAGUCUUCAACAACCUGGGCCCCUUGGCCAACCCUGUCGAGGACGUUCUCGAAGCUCGUGUCAUUGGUGUUGGUAGACGAGAUCUUGGCCCUGCCUUUGCUGAGGCGCUUUGCAUGGCUGGCUUCAAGAAAGCCCUCAUCAUCUGUGGUGAGGAGGAUCUCGACGAGGUCAGCUGUGCUGGAAACACCCUGUGCUGGAAGGUCAACGAGACCAGCUCUGGAAAGCUCGAGGUUGAACACUUCAUUGUGCACCCCAGCCACUUUGGUCUGAGCACUCAUCCCCUCAACACAGUCUCCUCUGGUAAGGAGCCUUCUGAGAAUGCAGAGAUUCUGUCCCGAAUCCUUCACAACGAGCUCCCUGACAACGACCCCAUCCUUGAGUUUGUCCUUCUCAACACCGCCGCUCUCCUUGUCACAUCCGGUAUCUGCGAGGCUGACACCAGCAACAUGGGCGAAGGAGACGACGGCAAGGUCAUCGCUGAGCGCGGCCCUGGUGGCUUGCGCUGGAAGGAGGGCGUGCGAAGAGCUCGCUGGGCUCUCAAGAGUGGCGAGGCCUGGAGACAGUGGGAGAAGUUUGUCAAGGUCACAAACGAGAUUGGAGCCUAA